AUGGCUGCCCCUGCGACGACCACCAUUAAGUGCCUCAAUGGAUCAUGGGUGAUGGACAGAAGCCUGUCCGACCCUACCGACCCUAUUUUGUCCCUGCAAGGAAUGGGCUGGAUGAUGCGCAAAGUUCUCGGCAUGGCCACCGUGACUCUAUCUGUGAAAGAGUACACGGAUGAGAGUAACCCACAAGCCUACCACAUCGACAUCGACCAGACCGUCACCGGCGGCAUUCAAGGGACCAGGGAGGAACGUGUACUGGAUUGGCAAGAGCGCGAGCACGUCGACACCAUCUUCGGCAAGUUGCGGGGCAAGUCUCGCUUCCUGCGUGGUUCCAAGACCGACGAUGGCAAGGUUCGCCCCGCCGUGGACUUCCAGACUCAGGUGGGCGACGCCGAGAGCGACGCGCGAGUUCAGCGAUUCUUGCGUGGUGAGGUCCUUCUGGACGGCUCUGCGGCCGAGGGCUUCGUCGUGGACGAUGAGGGGGCCGAGUUUGGUGAGGGGGAGGGCUUGUGGAUGCAGAGCUUCGUUGUGAAUGAGGAGAGUGGCUGGACUGCUGAACAGAUCUGGGGCUUCGAGGUGAUCAACGGAGAACGCCGCUACACCCGUCGCGUGGCCGUCGUCAAGGGUAAAAAAGUCGAGAUGGCUCGACUGGUCUAUGAGUACAAGGGAUCCAACGCUUGA